UGUGAGCGCCCAGGGCCCGCGGCCUGCGCGCAGGUCGCCCGGUUGCUGGCGAGGCACCCGCGCUGCGUCCCCGACGGCCCACACCGCCUGCUUUUCUGCCAGCAGCUGGUGCGCUGCCUGGGUCGCUUCCGCUGCCCGGCCGAGGGCGAGGAGGGCGCGGUGGAGUUCCUGGAGCAGGCCCAGCAGGUGAGCGGGCUCCUGGCGCAGCUGUGGCGUGCCCAGCCCGCUGCCAUCCUGCCCUGCCUGAAGGAGCUGUUUGCCGUCAUCUCCUGCACAGAGGAGGAGCCUCCGUCUAGCGCCCUGGCCAGCGUGGUCCAGCACCUUCCUUUGGAGCUAAUGGAUGGUGUCGUCCGGAACCUCAGCAAUGAUGACAGUGUGACAGACUCUCAGAUGCUGACGGCCAUCAGCAGGAUGAUCGACUGGGUGUCAUGGCCCCUGGGGAAGAACAUUGACAAGUGGAUCAUUGCACUGUUGAAAGGGCUGGCUGCUGUUAAGAAGUUCAGCAUCUUGAUCGAGGUUUCGCUCGCCAAAAUUGAGAAGGUUUUCUCCAAGCUUCUGUACCCCAUUGUCCGAGGAGCUGCCUUGUCUGUCCUCAAGUACAUGCUUCUGACCUUCCAGCACUCCCAUGAAGCCUUCCACCUGCUCCUCCCUCACAUCCCCCCCAUGGUGGCCUCUCUGGUCAAGGAGGACUCCAACUCGGGGACCAGCUGCCUGGAGCAGCUGGCGGAGCUGGUCCACUGCAUGGUCUUCCGCUUUCCAGGCUUCCCAGACCUGUACGAGCCUGUCAUGGAGGCCAUUAAGGACCUCCAUGUUCCCAAUGAGGACCGCAUCAAGCAGCUGCUGGGGCAGGAUGCCUGGACCUCGCAGAAGAGUGAGCUGGCUGGUUUCUACCCCCGGCUCAUGGCCAAGUCAGACACGGGCAAGAUUGGUUUAAUCAAUUUGGGCAACACAUGCUACGUGAACAGCAUCCUUCAGGCCUUGUUCAUGGCUUCCGACUUCAGACACUGUGUGCUCAGAUUGACGGAGAACAACUCGCAGCCCUUGAUGACAAAGCUGCAGUGGCUCUUUGCCUUCCUGGAGCACAGCCAGAGGCCUGCCAUUUCUCCAGAGAACUUCCUGUCUGCCUCCUGGACACCCUGGUUCAGCCCUGGCACCCAGCAGGACUGCUCCGAGUACCUGAAGUACCUGUUGGACCGGCUACACGAGGAGGAGAAGACGGGAACAAGGAUCUGCCAAAAGCUCAAGCAGUCCAGCUCGCCCUCUCCUCCAGAGGAGCCCCCCAGCCCGAGUCCCACCUCCGUGGAGAAGAUGUUCGGAGGCAAGAUCGUGACUCGGAUCCGCUGCCUCCACUGCCUCAAUGUCUCCUCCAGGGAGGAGGCCUUCACGGACCUCUCUCUCGCUUUCCCCCCGACUGAGCGCUGCGGCCGCCGCCGCCUGGGCUCAGUGAUGCUCCCUGCGGAGGACGUUGGGGUCCGGGAAGCCCUGUCACCAUCCCAAGCCCAGGUUCCAAGCAGGGUGGGUCCUCGGAGGCAGAGGAAACACUGCGUCCCGGGGGACGCCCCCGCCGCUGUCGUGGACAUUGAAGGCCUGGGCCCCCAGGGAGCUGGGGCGCAGAGCAGUGGGGAAGAGAAGGUGGAGAGGGAGGAAGAAGUGGAGGAGGAAGGUCGGGAGGAGGAGAGGCCCCGGGAGCAGGAGGAAGAGGAAGAGGGCAAAGAGAAGAAAGAGGCGGCGGCAGAGGAGAAAGAGAAGGCGCAGAAGGAGAAAGAGGCGGAGACCGCGGAGGAGAAGGAGGAGGACGGCUCGCGGUCUGUCCUGGACCUGGUCAACUACUUCCUGUCCCCCGAGCGGCUGACGGCGGAGAACCGCUACUACUGCGAGCCCUGUGCGUCGCUGCAGGACGCCGAGAAGGCGGUGGAGCUGAGCCAGGGGCCGCGCUACCUCAUCCUGACCCUGCUGCGCUUCUCCUUCGACCUGCGCUCCAUGCGCCGUCGCAAGAUCCUGGACGAUGUCUGCAUCCCCCUGCUGCUCCGCCUGCCGCUGGCGGGGGGCCGUGGCCAGGCUUACGACCUCUGCAGCGUCGUCGUGCACUCGGGAGUGUCCUCGGAGAGCGGCCACUACUACUGCUAUGCCCGGGAGGGCGCCGCCCGCCCGGCCCCUUCCCUGGGCGCGGCCGACAGGCCCGAGCCCGAGAACCAGUGGUACCUGUUCAACGACACUCGGGUGUCCUUCUCUUCCUUCGAGUCCGUCAGUAACGUCACGUCCUUCUUUCCCAAGGACACUGCCUACGUGCUCUUUUACCGGCAGCGGCCCGGGGAAGGGUCCGAGGCCGAGCCGAGCUCUCCCAGAGGUCGGGCGGAGCCCACCCUCCACAAAGACUUGAUGGAGGCCAUUUCCAAAGACAACAUACUUUACUUGCAGGAGCAGGAGAAGGAGGCCCGGAGCAGGGCGGCCUAUAUCUCUGCACUGCCCGCGUCUCCACACUGGGGGCGGGGCUUCGACGAAGACAAGGAUGAGGACGAAGGCUCUCCGGGAGGCUGCAGUCCUGCAGGUGGCAACGGCGGGGACUUCCACAGACUGGUCUUCUAAUGUGUCCUCUGCCCCCGCCUGAAACCUCAGAGAAGGCCUUGACCCCUUCCCUCUGGGACCUGGGUAGGGAUGGAGGCAGAAGCGCUCUGCCAUGUGGGGUCUGAGGAGGCAGGAGAGGUGGAGAGGCAGCUGCUGGGACACCGGACCUCAGCCUGCAGGGUCUACAGACUCAGAUACAGAGGUGAGCCCCAAGCCCCUGACACUUUAGGAUUUUACACCCAAGUGUCCUGGUCCACUUAAAGCAGCUUAGCUGGACACUGUCUGGGCCUUGUCCCCGUCUCCCCGGCAGAGCUGAGCUCCGCAGCUCUAGUGUUUUGGCAUCAAGUAGCAUUUCCCUUCUAGCUCCUUUCAGACAAUCCCGUUGCUCUCUCUACUGUAGAAAGCAGAGCAGGAUCUGGAGACCUGUGUGUCACAGCAGUGGCCACCUUCUUGUUUCUCUGAGGAGGUUUCACAGGCACUGUAUAUGGCUGCCUGCACCCUUUGUACUUUUUUGAGAGGCGUGGAGGUGGGAAGCCGCCUGGCACAGGCUCAGAGAGACGGUCUCCCUCCACACUAAACAGCCGUGCCUAGAGGGGAGGACAGUCCCCUCGUCACAGUGGGAGACCCUUAAUCCCUAGACCCCAUCCCCCUAGCCUGCCUCAGUGCCUGAGAUGCCACCUUUUGCAUCCCCUUUCUGGUUAAGAUAGAGAAUUCUUAUUUUACUGCACAUGUGUUUGUGUUGCUCAUGAAGCCAGGGUCCGUCCGGAGGAAAGCUGGCUGGCUCAGCUCCUCCCCAGUGGGCUUUAGAGCAGCGGCCUGGGGGCCCGGGGCGGUGGUCUGGUGGAGGAGCAGAUAGUGACCUCAUUGUGCCCUGACACUGCUGUACCCUUCUAAAUGGAGAGGAGAGACUCAGGGUCUCAAACAGGAAUAAAAAUAGGUUCUCUGAAACAUUUGA